AUUUCAUAAUCUCGAUGGGACUCCCCUACACCAGUUAUUGGUUCUUUUUUCAGGGAGGAGCUUCCAGGUACAUCUUUCUAAAUAAAUUCCGCAAGUUUCUUCAGGAAAAUGCCAGCAAUCGAGGGAAUCUGACCGUGUUAUGUCCUCCAGAAUAUAUGGUGUGUUUCUUGCAUCGACUCAUAGCAGCUUUGAGACAUUACUGGAAUGAACAUAAGAUGAAGAAAGCAUCAGCAUUGAAUAGUGAAGAUGCUUAUGUUCCCCCUCAGCUCUUUUAUAAUGGGAAGGUAGAUUACUUUGACCUACAGCGUCUUGGCGGGCUCUUAUCUCAUCUCAAGAAAACUCUGAAAGGCAAGUGACGUUUUUGAUGCAUGUUAUGUG